UUAGAGAUGUAGUCUCCUUUAUUUUAAAGUAAUGUUUUCUAAAUAUUUGAAAUGCACCGCUUUAAGAGAAGAUUGAAUGAACCAUUUGACUGUAACUUUUGGUUACGCAAUUCAUGUCUGAGAGAAGAAGAUCGAACAUGCCAUCGUCGCCGUCCAGCGUGGCUCCGGAAUCAGGUCGAGAGUCGAGGGGAAUGAAAUUUUCUGAACUUCACGAAAUAUGCGCAGGUGGAGAUGUAGAUAAAUUGGAUGAAAUUCUUAAGAGUGGAAGAUACGAAUUUUUGAAUUAUAAGGAUCCGGAUUGGGGCGAUAGAACACCGCUGCACUGGUGCAGUCUGAAAGGAAAAGGAGACAUGGUUAGAAGGCUUAUUGACAAAGGCGCACACCCAGGUUUAAGGUCAGACUGUGGAUGGACAGCAGCACACUUUGCAGCAGAAGGUGGAAAAACCCACGUCUUAAGAACGCUACACAGUUUGAAUUCUCCGAUGAAUCGACGUGAUUUAUAUGGUGACACUCCAAGAAGAAUAGCAGAAGUUUAUGGACAUAAAGAAUCUGUAGAAUUUUUGCGCAUAGCGGAAGAAGAGUAUAAAGACAGACGAACAAACACCGAGCUAAACGGAGAAGCUGAACCUUUCGACGACGAAGAUAUGGAGUGGUGUUUAAAAAAUAGCUUCGAACCAGAUUCAUACAUAUCAGCUGACGAUAUGAGUACCGAUGCCACGGGCUCCAUGUCUCUGAAGAGUUUUGCUGAAAGUGUGGCAUCAUCUAAGAGAAGAAAACCUCGUCAUUACGGAAAAAAUUCAACAAAGAGCGGGGAAGUCAAGUCAGGAAAAUCACCAAAAUCUACACGUCGAAAAUCUGACUCUGGAGGACAGUCAGAUAAAAAAUCUUCAAAAGGUGGAAACAGGAAAAAGGGUCAAGCGAAAUCACCAAAGCGUUCUUUGAAUAGAAUAUCAGAAGUUAAAACACCAGCAGGAAAAUAGCAGUUACGAACGGUUUCCAAUGAUCCGGAUAAAACUAUCGCGUUGUUGUUAUCAGUGUUGAAUUAUUAUAUUUAUAUUCCCACUUGUAUACGUGCCUGAAGCUAUCCCGAAUGGUUACUAUUUUAUAUUUUGGUAUAAUUCUUCGCUCUCUAUGAAAGAAAGUAUCUUAA